CGGUCGGAGGAAGCGGGACCCCACACGAGGAGGGGGCGUCCACUGGGCUCCUCAGCCCGCUGCGGGGCUCGGCCCCGCCCCCAACGACUCGUGAAGUGAGCGGCUCGCUCCGGGCCGGGUGUGGGUAGCCCGGGCGGACACGCUGCCCCCUCGCCGCAGCUCCCGCCCUAGCCCGGUGUAGUGCGGGGCUCCCACUGCAGUGCCCCGGCCGAACCCCAGCCGCGUUCCCUGCAUCGCCUCGCUACCAAUCCCGCGUGGAUCGCAGAUACGCGAGGCCCAGGACUUUUAACUUGGGGGUGGGCGUCGCAGCAGCUCCGAGGCUGGGACAAGAGUGUAAAAGAAAACGCACUUGGCUGCGUAAACAACCCACCUGGUAUCAAUCAGUUAUUUACUAGUCUGAGUGGGAGGGGGUUUCCCCAGUUGGAUGGUUGAAAAGAUGUUUGAUAUCAAAGCGUGGGCUGAAUAUGUUGUGGAAUGGGCUGCAAAGGACCCAUAUGGCUUUCUUACCACUGUGAUCUUGGCCCUUACACCAUUGUUCCUAGCAAGUGCAGUGCUAUCAUGGAAACUGGCAAAAAUGAUUGAAGCCAGGGAACGAGAGCAAAAGAAGAAACAGAAACGCCAGGAAAAUAUUGCAAAAGCCAAACGAACAAAGAGGGAUUAAGUGAGGCAAAAUGCUAUCCUUUUGCAAAAAAGUGCUUUUGUUGAAGCAUUCUUAUACACUUGUAUCUUUGUGUGGUAUUGUCUUCCUCCAAAAAUCUUCUUGAACUGACAUUUCAACCCCUGAAAUUAUUCAUGUUCUGCUUAAAUGAUUUGUGUUGAUAUCUCAGUCUAAUUUGCAGUGGCAUUUGAUGUGUGUAUUUCAACCAGAUAUCACUUUCCAGUGAGUUUACUUUUGUAUGUUUACAUGCCAUACACUAAAAUGAAUGCAUUGGUGGUGGAGGCUUGGUUUUUUAAAUUGGAACUGCUUUAGGAAUUGUUCAAACAUGUCAAUAUUAAAUUAAGGAAGAAAAAAUUAAAAUGUCUGACUUUCUAAAAAUACUGCAGUCAUUGGUUUUCUAGCAGCUUAGGCACGUUGUUUUUACACAGCCUUUUUUCUACUGUUGAUUUGUCUUCAUUAUAGUAUUUUUUUUUUUUCUGGUUUCAACUUGGCCCUGGAAUAGCAGUCCUUGUUUCUGCAGGUUAUCAGCUUUGUAUUCUCAUGAGUUUCUUAUUAUAUGAACAGUGUUAGCAUUUCACAUUAACUCAGCUAAAUUCUUCAUGAGUGGCUCUCAAAAUCAGCUUCCUGGACUAUCAGUAGUCUACUGAGCCUUUUUUGGAUAGUUCACAGAAGGAAACUUUUUACAACCAAGUAGUAGACAAAUUACUUCAUUUUCACAGUAUCCCAGUGUGAACAACUCUUGCCUACAAUACAUUCAUUUUGUGAAGCAUAGACAGCCAUUUGGCAAAUAACUAAAUAUCAUUCUAGGUUUAGGUGAUGACAGCAGUAACUCUGGAGCAGCAGAGAAACUGCUUUGGAUAUUACCAGCUUUGAAAGGAUGGCAUAAUGAAAAGAAACAAAAGCCUCAUGUGGUUCUAAUGCUGUAAACAUUGCAAAGUAAGUUGGAGCUAAGGCUAACAGAUUUAAUUGAUUUUUCUGUCCAAAGAAUAAUAGUAAAAAU